AUGGGGGGCAUGGGUCCGGUGGCAAUGGAGGAGGGCGGCAGUGGAGGCGGGGGAGUGAUACAAGUGAGCUUCACGGACAUGCACGACUUUAAGACGCUCGUGUCAUUGCAAGAUGCCAUCGCGCUCAACCAGGUGGAGAAGAGAGCGCAGGAGCGGAGUCGAGUGUGGUGGAGCCAUGAAGCCAACCGAGGGCCGCACUGGUUCCACGUCGAGGACGGCACACAGGCCGCACGCACCCACGCCGCCAUCGCCACCAACCCCUCUCUCCACACCCCCGCCUCGCGCUCCCUCCCCCACUCCCACACCCACUCCAUCUCCCACGCCCACUCCCACACACACUCGCAAUCCCUUCCGCACUCUCAGCCCCACUCGCGUUCCCAUAGCAUGUCUGUGUCGUCGCUCUCUAAGUGCGUUAGCGAGGCUUCGAGCAGAGACAGUUCGUGCCAUGGUCCUAUGCCUCUCUCCGCCUCCUCUUCCUCCUCCCUGCCUUGUCCUGCCACCCCUGCCACCUCUGGUCCUGCCACUGCCACUGCAACAGCAGCCACACCAGCGGUUGCUGUCACCAUUCCUUCCCCCACUUCUGGCCCUCCUCUUUCUGCUGCACGCGCACUCAUCUCCUCCUCCUCCACCGCCGCAGAUCUAGAUUCUUCCUUCCCCCCCUGUGCCGCCUCCCCUCCCUUAGGCUGCUGUAUAGCCGCCUCUGCCUCCUCCCCUCUCCUCUCCUUCUCCAUCACCAGUAACACCGACUCCUCAACCCCCACCUCCUCCUCCGCCUCUGCAUCAACCCCCGCCUCCUCCCUCCAACCGCGCACGUCCUCAGGCUCCUCCCCGUCGCCCUACAGACCCUCCGCCUCCCCCCUCCGCACACGCCCCCACGCGUCCUCCGUCCCCUCUCGCCACUCCGCGUCCCCCCUCCGCUCCUCCCGCCACUCUGCCUCCCCGCUUCGCUCCCGCCACUCCGCCUCCCCGCUCCGCUCCCGCCCCUCCUCCUCCUCCACCUCAGCCUCCUCCCGCCCGUCCUCCUCCUCGUCCUCCACCACACCCUCCCUCACGAGCAUUGCGUUUGGCAGUGGGGCGGUCUCGUCAGCAACGCUCAAGAGGCUGAUAAGGAAGGGCAUUCCGCCGCACCUGCGGGCGCGCGUGUGGAAGGCGGUGUCAGGCGCGGGGCGCAAGCAGGCAGUGGCGCCGGUGGACUACUAUCAAUGGCUCGUGGAGCAGACUACAGGCAAAGAGACGGACCACACCUUGCAGAUCGACAAUGACCUGCACCGCACGUUCCCAGGGCAUCCGCGCAUGGACACAGCAGAGGGGCUGGCAGCGCUGCGCCGAGUGCUCGUGGCCUACUCCUUCAGAGACACCCACGUGGGGUACUGCCAGGGCAUGAACUAUGUUGCAGCAUACCUGCUGCUGGUGAUGCGCAGCGAGGAGGACGCGUUCUGGAUGCUGGCGACGCUGGUGGAGAACGUGCUGUACGACGACUGCUUCGCCGAGGACCUCUUUGGCGUGCACGUGGAGCAGCGCGUGCUCAAAGACCUGCUGCACCGCAAGCAGCCCAAGCUGGCAGCGCAUCUGGACGCCAUUCAGUUUGAGCCGUCGCUCGUCACCACCGAGUGGUUUCUCUGUGUCUUUGCCAAGAGCUUCCCCUCCGAGUCUCUCUCUUCCUCGUCACCACUGAGUGAGUGGUUCCUCUGUGACUUUGCCAAGAGCUUCCCCUCCGAGGUACCUGCGAUGCCCUGCUGCCUCUUUCUCUCAAAUGCUCUCUCUCCCUCUCUACCAACCUUGUUCGAUCUCUCGCUAGCUCUUUUUCCAAUCCUACCUCCUUCUUCCCAACCUCAUCCUCUGCACAAUGCUGUGCGGCUGUGCCUCCGGACCUGUCUUGCUUCUCUCCUCCACUCCCCCUCUUCCAACCACCCACCCCUAUCUAUCUUUGCUUCCUCAUCCUCUCCCUCACCAUCCGCCCCCACCUGCCUCUUGUGCCCUUUCCCCUCUCACCCUUUCCCAUCAUUCCCCCACCAUCCAUCCCCCAUCGCAUCCCCAUCACAUCUCCACCAUCUCUCCCCCCUUCCCCAUGUGUACCACACUAAGCUGCACGAUGCUGCGCGUGUGGGACGGGACGUGCUGUUCAACGAGGGUGCCAACCAAGGUGCUCGUCUGCGUGGAGCGUGCUGUGCUCUUCUCUCACCUUCCUUCUCACUCACCAUGCCUCCCCCGUCCCCCCUUGCGUGCGCCGCGCCGCGCCACCAGACUACUCUGCGCGUGUGGGACGUGUUAUUCAACGAGGGUGCCAAGGUGCUCUUCCGUGUCGCACUCGCACUCUUCAAGAUGAACGAGGCGGAGCUAUACCAGGCAGCGCAUGUGGGGGAGGCGGUGGAUGUGAUGAACGAGGCGGAGCUAUACCAGGCGGCGCAUGUGGGGGAGGCGGUGGAGGUGCUGGUGCGGUCCACAGCGCAGCAGUACGACCCCGAGGUGCUGCUGCAGGUGAGAGACCGUGAAAGAGCCACCGUGGGCCUGCCUGCCUUGUGUGGUCCUGUGCUGCACCACGGCCUUGUCAUCAUCUUGCCUCCCUCUCCUCUCCCUCUUCCCUCCCUCUCCCCUCCCUCUCCGCCCCCCUGGCCCCACCAGGUGGCGUUUGACCGGUUGGGAAGCAUGCUGAUGGCCACGAUAGCCAAUCAGCGGUGGCUGCAGAUCAUCACACCGCCCUACUCUUAG